AUGGCCAGUUCAUCAGUGCCAAUGAAUAACGUGCUAUUCUUCGCCCUGCUAUUCACAACGCUUGUCGUGGCUCACGAGGAGAAGUCAUCCAACUAUUUCCUAACGGAUGAGGACUUCGAAAGAGCCAGAUCAACUGAUUUUUCAAGCGCACCAUUCAACUCAUCAGUUAUGGAAAAUCCGGAUCUGUUCGAAGGAGAUAUAAUGGAUCCAUAUGUGUCGUUGAAAGGUGCGUCACCCAGUGAAAGAGAAAAUAUGUAUAAAAUGAUGGACGCCAAAUUUUUUGGAAACGCUCUCCGAGAUCCGAACGCAUUAUGGCCAAAGGGAGUGGUACCCUACAUGAUCCACGGUGGUGAGCAACAACUAUCGUUGGGCAACCGCUGUGGUUAUGUGGGUAUAGCUGAACAUGAAAUGAUGCAUGCUAUUGGUUUUCAUCAUGAACAAAAUCGAGCCGAUAGAGAUGAUUACGUACGAGUUCUGUUCGAGAACAUUAACCCACCUAUGCGAUGUGAGUUUUUCUUGUUGUUCAAGGCAAACAAUUCAUUCGUUGAGUAUAUCAUCAAAGUGGCGUAA